CAGCAAUGGUUAUUUCCAUCAUCAUCUCCAAACAAAUUCCCAUAUAAGUCUACAGUGGAUUGUAUUGCUCUAUUAUUCUGAUUAAGCACGGCGUUGUAACUUUUAUAUCAAUAGAUGCCAAGGGAUCCAAUUUUCAGCGAGGCAUCUCUCUGAAUAAAAUGUGAAUGAAUGCAGAAACAAAAGGAAAAUAUAGUGUGCCUCAAGGAAAUGCAUAACGAUACAGUUAUAAAAUAACACAGGAGGAACACGUUGAAUGACAAUAUUCUUAUCUGGCGACAAAACAGCAUAAUGUACUCACACUAUUUGUAUUUGUGAAUGCUUUACAAAUAAGAGACGAUGUAUUGCGGCGCUAAAGCUCUGACCCUGAGCUCGUUUGUUCUGGGUGCCAUUUCCAUUGCUACCCUAUCAUUGUCAGUGGCGACUGAUUCCUGGCUGUUCACAGAAGAAGAAAUGGACUGCGUCAUUGAAAACAUGACCGUCAAACUACCAGUAAAUGUUCGGUCUGGACUGUUCCGUUUCUGUACCGUCUACUUAGAUGCAGAUGAUGAUUGUGUCACAAUGGGUAUAAACCUGAACGAAGAGAGACUGGAGGAGAGACUAACAUCAACAGCUAUAAUGCGUGCUAACAGAGUGUCCACGGUGUUCCCAAUUGUUUCUCUAAUACUGCUUGUGAUUGCCACGAUUCUGAGUGUUAUCGGAAACAUCAACCAUGACGUCAAAACCCUGAUUUCGUCCGGAAUUCAUAUCUUAUCAGGACUGAUGUUGGCUGUUGGAAUUAUCCUCUAUAUAUCCGCCAUCAACGAUGAGGUUGGACAUCGCCCAAAGCCGUCUGAGGCAGACGACGACACCAAAAAGUUUGGUUACGAGUAUGGCUGGUCAUUCUUCUUUGCUGGAACGUCUUUCCUUUUCAUUAUGACGACAGCAGUGAUCCUUGUGUCGCUGUAUCUACAACGAAACUCAAAGCGAGAGGAUCUCAUUAAGAUUAUCCCGGGUCUAGGUGACGUAGUGGAUAAUGAUGUCACUGAUGACGUAUUUGCCACCAACAAUCCAACAAUAAUUUUAUGAAAACUUGUCAGUCGCAUGAUGUAAUGAUGUUUUGUUACAGAAUUUAAUGCUUUUUCCAAUAUUCAUUUUCACUGUGAUAUCUGAAAAGGUUGUGUUGAAGAUAAGCAUGAUUUUGGACAACUGCUGAUCUAUGCUCAAUAACAAACUACCAUCAUGUAAGUGGCCAUUUUCCUUUGCUUUUAUCAAUAAUAUUGAUAUAGAUGCUAUUAAGUAUUUGCCAGCAUUUUCUAAGAGUUCACCGUGGCAAAUGAAGCCAAUUUGUAUCUUGAAUUUUUAUAGUAUUUUCUGAAAUUUCAGAAAAGAAAUGAGUUUUAUAAUUUUUUGUUGGUAUCUUGUACAUAUUUGUACUCAUAUAGUAUUUGAGAUUGUGCCAUUGUAAAUAUAUACAUGUAUUUUAUUUCUCAAAAAUUG